AUGAACACAACUAUCAUCGACGAUAAGUCAGAGCAUUGCAUUCCGUUCUUGCUUACGCUGCUGGAGGUACAUAAGCGAAAACAUGAAGACAACCCCAAUUCGCCCCCGUUCUUCGUCGGCUUGAACGGUAUCCAGGGCGCGGGGAAAACCGUCCUGGUCUCUACACUUCGGUCUAUACUUUCUACGGCCCCGUAUAACCUACCUACAAUUACCUUCUCAUUAGACGACAUAUACCUAACGCACGCCGACCAACAACAUCUUGCAGCCGCCCAUCUAUCUAACCCCCUUUUACAACAUCGUGGUCAGCCCUCCACUCAUGAUAUACCUUUUGGAAGCAAGGUGUUUGACUCACUGCGACGAAAUAAGCCUACAAAAAUACCUUCGUAUGAUAAAUCUGCCUUCAAUGGCCAGGGAGACCGUACACCAGAGGAUGCGUGGGAAGUAGUAAACGAUACACAGAAGGGACAGCCGCUGAUUAAGCUUGUGAUAUUUGAAGGGUGGUGCGUUGGAUUUCGCCCAAGACCAGUCAAAGAGGUUAAAGCAGAGUGGGAAGAUGCCGUGAAGAGACGGCAGAGGGACGAUAGCUAUAACGGACAGCUUGGUUAUGUCAAGCUGGAAGAUGUCUUGACCAUUAAUGACUCAUUAAAGGAGUAUGACGCAUUUACUAGUGAUGCCGAAGAUACGCAGAAUGUAUACUAUUGGCGACAACAGCAAGAGCAGACACUACUUGCAACUAAAGGAAAGGGAAUGACACCAGACCAAGUCAGUCAAUUUGUCAAUGGAUAUUAUCCAUCAUAUGAACUAUACACCAACCAGCUCCGAAAUGGCGUAUUUAAACCUACGGAAGAAAAUGGUGAUGAGGACUGGAAAGGCAGACAGCUUCGGCUUAUCGUUGACAAGCAGAGGAGAGUAAAAGAAGUCAUUACGAUAUGA